AUGGACUUCGGCGGUGGCUGGGAGGAUCACUUGCACUUGGUGGAGUUUGCAUACAAUAACAGUUACCACUCAGCGAUUCAGAUGGUACCAUUCGAGGCAUUAUAUGGCAGAGCAUGUAGAUCUCCUACCUUAUGGGACGAGGCUGGAGAAUCGUCAGUCUUGGGCCCCCAGCGUAUUCAGCGAGAUGCAGAGUUAGUUGGUACCAUCAGACGCAGAAUGUCAGAAGCCCAGGACCGACAGAAAAGCUAUGCAGAUCGGAGACGGAGACCUUUAGAGUUCUCUGUGGACGAUCAUGUGUUCCUGCGAGUGUCUCCUGCCAAGGGAGUGAGGAGGUUUGGAUUAAAAGGGAAGUUAUCUCCCCGUUACAUCGGACCCUUUCAGAUACUUGAGAGGAUCGGUGAGGUAGCAUAUCGACUGGCGCUGCCUCCUUCACUUGCCGGGGUGCAUGAUGUAUUUCACGUAUCUAUGUUGAGGAAAUAUGUACCACACCCUACGCAUAUUUUGACAGAUGUCUCGAUCACCCUUCAGCCAGAUGUAACAUAUGAGGAGGCUCCAGUGCGGAUAUUGGAUCGUAAGGAACGUCAGCUGCGAAACAAGACAAUCCGAUUGGUCAAGGUUGGAUGGGAGCAUCAUUCCGAUGACGAGGCAACCUGGGAGCUGGAGGAUGAGAUCCGAGCGCGGUACCCACAGUUGUUUGAUGAAGUGGCAUACCGUGAGGUGUUCUGCCACAAUCUCCCGCUACUGUUGUUCAUCCGGGAUUCCUUGGGUAAGGCCCCUGCCAAUACAGAUGUUAGCUCUGUUAAGAGCUCAGAUCUGUGGAUCUACAAUGUGGGCAGCAUCCGUGUACUAGUGCCAGCGAUUUCACCUUCCGACAGCAAGCAACAGUGGGGAACUCACCGUGAGGACUUUGAUCGAGGCGGGUAUUGUGACGAGGUUGGCGUCGGUUUCGGCCUACAUUUGAGGCGGUCUCCCGUUGUUAUUCCUGAUACCUAG